AUGUCGUACAGACGAAUAUUGCUGCCGGAGCCUCCGCCAGUCAUAGGAUCGGCGGGAACGCCGGAGAUCUUCGAGCAAGGCGGCACGGCGUCCGUGAUUCGUCGCGCUGUGAUUAUAGGGAACGGCCAUCCCGGCAGUGAACACCAGAGCCUGGGCCUUGUGCGAGCUCUGGGACUAGGAGGGUCCAUGGAGAUACAGAGAGUGGUUCGUCCCAAAGCCGGCCUGCAUCGCUGGUUACGGUGGUUACCACUGGAGACGCACCAGAAGCUAGACACGUACCUCUCUCUACGCCUAGCAUGGCUCUUCCAGGCCGUGUCCUCCGUAGUCCUCCGAUUAGCCCUUCUCCCACCCCCCAGAUUAAGCUUACCAGCUCCCCCCACACCCCCAUCAGCAUCACCAUCAUCAUCAUCCGCACCAACAGCUGUAUCACCAGCAGAAGGACUAGCAGGAUCAGCGACAGCAGGAACAGGCGUGAGUUUACCCACAGGUAGAGAAGCAGCUGCUGUAGCGUACACAGACGGACGGUCUGCUGUAGGAGGAACGGAAGCAGCUAGUUCACUCUAUAACCCCUUCUCAUCCCCGUCCGUCAACGGUACUGUAGAUUCCUCUGGCAAGCCGUUGGAAACAGUUGUAGCUGGUUCUACUAACGGUAUGAAUAGCACCUUCGCCAGUGGCACCUUCGCCAAUAGCACUUUCUCCAAUAACACCUUCACCAAUGGCACCUUCGCCAAUGGCCCCUUCCCUAAUGGUACCAUGGCCAAUGGCACGAGUUCUUCAUCAUUUCAUACCUCUGACCCUUUCCAUCCUCGUUAUGAGCCGACUCAGCACACGCCCAGAUCCGUGCUCCUUCCUAGAAGCAACCCUGUCUCCGCCCAGCGGCCUCGUAUCCUAUCAGAAGCUUCCACGUCAGCGUUUCUCCCUGCUGCUGCUCCUGCGGACCCUGCUGCGAUCGCCAGGGAGGCAAAUGAGACCCUUGAAAGCGAGGGCCCACUGCUGGUGGUGGCAGCAGGGAGGGACACAGCGGCGGCAGCAGCAGAGGUGAAGCGCCUGGCGCCCAGCUCCACCCUUGUCGUGCAGAUCCAGCACCCCAGAAACGACCUCCACCAGUACGACCUGGUGGUGGCGCCUCUACACGACUUUUACGGGCUCACAGCAGCAGCAACCCGGGAGGUGCCUUCGUGGAUUCUGAAGUGGAUCGCCCCUGCUCCGCCUGCCAAGAACGUGGUGUUGACAACUGGCGCACUGCACAUCGCAGAGCCGUCCCUCCUCCGCUCAGCAGCUGCCACGUGGCACUCUCUCAGUGACUUCCCCAAGCCACUUGUCGUGGUCAACAUUGGUGGACCCACUCGUCACUGUAGCUACCGCCCAGAUUUGAUUGCACAGCUGGCAAGGACACUCAAGGAGAUGCUGCAAGAGUGCCAGGGGUCUCUCAGCGUGUCCUUUUCAAGAAGAACACCCGUGGCGAUGCAACGAGUGCUGCAGCAAGAGCUGAAGGACGAGGAUGCUGUUUACAUAUGGGAUGGUCAAGUCAAGUGCGAUGACGUCGCUACCAUGGAUGGUGCUGGAGAGAACGCGGGGAAUGACGGCGAAAACGGCGGAGCAGUGAAGGAGGAUGAGGAGGAUAAGCAGUGGACCGACGUGGAUUUGAAGGAAGAAGGAGAUGCGAUCCAGCAUGAAGGAUCCGCCAGUGAAAUUCCGUUGAACGAUGAAAUUUCAGGGGAUGCUGAGGGGUUAGAGCUUCACACAGCAGGCGUGAAUGUCGCUGCAGCAGAGGCUGGAUCGGACGCUCCAGCAGCAGGACAAGGGCCGGAAGUGGAGGUUCAGUCUGCUGGUGCUGCGCAUGGGAGUCGCCCGGGGGUAUCAGCGGUUCCUGCAGCAGCAGAGCCUCAUCUCACGGUGCCCCAGCCAUUCGUCUUCAACACGGAGAAGAGGCGUGGGUCUCAGAAUGAGAAGACGAAGGAGAGCGUCAGCAUGUUCGGCAUCAGGGGCAACCGAUCAUCAGAGGUCGAGUCAGGUUCACACGAUGGCGGGUCCACACACGAGCUUGGCCUGACCAUUCCUGAACCGUUUGACUUCAAGACAAACAGGCGGCAGCGACCGAAAGACGAGCAGCUGAAGAAGGAAGCGAAGCCGUUUGUGUCACUCGCUCAGAGCGUCAGCAUGUUUGGCGCCAGGAGCGAUCACCGAUCGUCAGAGACGGAGCACAAAGCACACGAGAGUGGACCUUCCCACGGGGCUACUCUUACCGUACCUGAGCCGUUUGACUUCAAGACUGACAGGCGCUUGCGACCAAAGGACGAGCAGCUUAAAAAGGAAGCGAAGCCUUUUGUCUCGCUUGCUGAGAGUGUCAGCAUGUUUGGCGCCAGGAGCAGCCGGUCAUCUGAGACCGAGUCCCACGCACAUGAGGGCGGGCCUUCCAACGGGGCUACUCUAACCAUUCCUGAACCAUUCGAUCUGAAGACAGACAGGCGCCAGCGACCCAAGGACGAGCGGCUGAAGAAGGAAGCGAAGCCAUUUGUGUCCCUCGCCCAGGAGCUCAGCUCGUUCUCCGCACACAUGAGGCCGGAAGGCGAGGCUCCUACUGCCGCCUCUGCUGCUGCUUCCGAUGCUCCCCGUGUGACCAAGCCUGUGACGCCGAAGCUGCUGACGGCCCAGAGGGAGCGGCCGAGGAGGUUCCGGGUGCUGCAGGAAGGGGAAGCUGCUGGCACUGGGGUGAUGACCCGGUCUGCAUCAAAGAGGGGCGCGACAGCUACUGCCGCUGGUGGUGCUGGUGGUGGUGCUGGUGGUGUGGCUGGUCCAAGGCUUCCCACGGUACCUUGCUCGCCCAUGCUGACCACCAAGCUGCGAGCACGAGCAGCAAAGGUGAAGAGCAGCGAGGAGAGGGAGCUGGAGGAGAUGGCGAGCGCGGCUAAGCGCAUGCAUACCAGCAAGCACGGCAGCUCAGAGGUGCCAACCGUCACUCAUCCACGGGAGUUCCACCUGUUUACUGAGGAGCGUGGGCAAGCGAAGCAGCACAAGUUACAGCAGAAGCUGGCAGAAGAGGAGGAGGAGAGGCGCAGGGCAGCCAUUCCCUUGGCAGCACCCAUGCCAUUCACCACCCUCGCCCCAGAGUUCCUCCGCAAGCCGCCAACUAAGCCAGCCACCGAGCCAGAGGAGUUUGAGCUAGAGUCGGUGAGGCGGCACCAGAUGGCACAGCAGCGGCUGGAGGAGGAGGCGCAGAGGAAGGCGCAGGAGGAGGCUGCUCAGAAGGAGUUCCAUGCACAGCCCCUGCCUGACAUGACCAAGCGGCCUGAGUCCCCAAGGCGCAUUCGCGUGCUGACGGAGGUGAAGCCGUUCAACCUGAACGUGGACCGCCAGGCAGAACACCAUACAUGCGCCAAGAAAGCGGUACGUUGA